UGGAGCCCACACUGAUAAACCCUAGUUAAGCCCUCCUUCUCCCUCAACGCUGCUUCUCUUCUUCUUCCUUCUUCGUCGCGCAGACAUACAAUUCACCGCCGCCGUCGACAAAUUCACUAACGCACACUUUCACGGAGCUCGGGAGCGAUGGCGGACGUCGUUCAGUUCAAGCUCGAGCGCAUGCUCGACGAGCUAGACGACCUAGAGCGCCGCGGUUUGUUCAGCCGCCGCGAGAUUGCCGAGAUAGUCAAAAUGCGCCGCAAAUUCGAGUACCGCCUCAAGCGUCCUAGUCCCCUGAAGGAAGAAUUUUUGACCUACAUAGACUACGAAAAGCAGCUCGACGCCCUCCGCGCCCUCCGUAAAAAAUCUCUCGAGAGGAAAUCCGGCGGCGAUAAAUCGAAAAAGACGAUCUCGGAUUACGCCGGCGUUGCCAGGAUUCUCCUCAUUUACCGGCUCGCCACGAAUCGGUUCAAGGGAGAUAUUGAGCUAUGGUUUCAGUACCUCGAAUUUUGCAGGGCGCGAGGUCACGGCAGGAUGAAAAAAGCCCUAGCUCAAUUAGUCAGAUUUCAUCCAAAAGUGCCUGGUGUGUGGAUAUAUGCUGCGGCUUGGGAGUUCGACAACAAUCUGAAUGUUGCUGCUGCCCGUGCUCUAAUGCAAAAUGGUUUGAGGUCCUGUCCAGCUUCUGAGGAUCUAUGGGUGGAGUAUCUUCGCAUGGAACUCACGUAUCUUAACAAGUUGAAAGCUCGAAAGAUUGCCCUAGGUGAGGGUAAAGCUAGUGGCAAGAAUAACGCUGAUGAGCAACAGUGGAGAGAGGAGAACAAGGACUUGUUCAUGUCUUUGGAUGAGAAUGUGGAUAAGAUAUCUAGCUCUCAAGAAAAACCGGAUGUGUUCAAGGAGCAUGGCUUGACCCUCCUUGAUACUGUCUAUAGUGGUGCAAUUGAAGCCUUACCAAAUUCCUUCGGUCUAAGAACUCAGUUUCUGGAUAUACUUGAAGCAACUGAGCUGGUUAAUUCAGAAGAAAUGCGAACAAAGAUACUCCAUGACAUGAAAAGGGAUUUUUCAAAGGAUCCUCAGUACUGGGACUGGCUUGCUAGAGUUGAAAUAGCUGACACCAAAGGAGUAAAUUCUGUGCAGUUAGGCAGAGCGGUUCAGGUUUAUGAGGAGGGAUUAAAGUCUAUACCAUCACCUAUCAUGGCUGAACUUUACUUAAAGUUCCUCAUGGAAGCAGUGGAUAGGGAUGGAGAAGCUGUCAUUCAAUUUGACACUCAUGCUCCUGCCAUUGAGAUUGUUUCACAUAUUUUGGAAGUAUUCAAGAAAGCUGAGAGCCUUAACUGCAUUAAUGAAGAUCUUGCUUGCCAACAUGUUUCAUAUCUUUUACACUUAAGUAAAUUGGUUGAAGCCAGGGUGCUUGCAGAAAAGUUCUGCCCUGGAAAGUUUCCAAAUGCAGUGAAUUUAUGGACUUUACGACUCACCAUAGAAAUGAGAUGUAUUCAGAAUAAAUCUCUCUCACCGAGCAAGGCUGAUCUGCUCUAUAUCUUUGAACUCCUGAGAAAUAUUCUGAAGAAACUCAGCGUUUCAGAAGCAGAGAGUUUGUGGAUUAUGGGGCUGAAAUAUUUUGCAAAUCAGAGACGUCAUUUUGACGAUCUUGUGGAGAUGUCAGUUCUAUUAUUGACCAAAGAUGGUGGAAAUGAUAGUGGGUUUUCACUCUCAUCAACAAUUGUAAAUUAUAUACUUCAGAGGGAUGGAGUUGAACGUGCAAGAGAGAUGUAUAAGAGAUUUCUUGCAUUACCACAUCCUGGACUUCAAUUAUACAGAGAUUGUAUCGAACUAGAGUCCAACCUUGCAUCUGCUGGUGAUAAGACUGGCCUGACCAAUGCCCGGAAGCUAUAUGAAUCUGCACUUGCUACUUAUGAUCAAGAUGCAAGCCUUUGGUGUGACUAUCACUGCUUGGAGAUAAAGAUGGGAACUUCAGAAACUGCUGCAGGUGUUCAUUGGCGUGCUAGAAAAACCCAUAAAAAUAAUGCUGCCCAGCUCUUAUCUACAAAAUCAUGACGACUUAUGUAUAUCUUAAAUCGUUAGCUUUGAGCUAGUUGUUUGCGUUUCAUUUUCGAUUGUUGUAUUUGCAAUAUAUAAGGAAACAAAGAGCUAAAGCUGUAAUUCAAUUUUGUAUUCUUUUUUAGGAGGCAAGGAUUUGAUUAAACACAAUCAUUUCAGCACA